AUGUUAAUUAUCAUAUUAUUGUUUUAAUAUUGCAAGACUUUAGAUAUUGAUUGUUAGAAUAGUUCAACGAUUAAUGUUAAUUAGUAGACUUACAACUACAAUUCAUAGUGUAUACCCCCAACUUCAUUAGAACUGAAUUGUUAGUCUUAAGAUAAUUACGUAGAGUUGAAUGUAGAUUCUUCAUAAAUAUGGAAUUUAAAUAAUUUUACAACAAAUUGUCAUAGUGUGAAAAUCAAUACAUCCACCAUCAAUAUUGGUAAUAUAACUAGCAAUCAAAAGAAGGCUGGAUUUAUUGAGAACAAAUAUAUAAUAAUAAUAGCAUCAAAAGACUUUUCAUUUCUUCCAAAUACAAGAAUGAAUAUGAAGAAUUAUUUACUUGGAUUCUUUCUUAAUAGCACAUAAAAUUAUGCAAUUAUGGGAUUGAAUGUCAUAUCAAAUAAAAUUCUUUUUGUUUUUAAUAAUUCAGUGACUUUCGAAUCAUCAUAAUUUUUUAUGAUUACUUCAACUUGUACAAAUAAUGUGAAUAUUCUACCAGGAAUGAUUAGCAUUUUCAAUGUCAAUUUUGAGUCUAUAGAAGAUUACUUAUUGCACAAUUAAUUUAUCUACUUAUAGUAACCAACUCGUUUUACAGCCUUCUUUCAGGUAUCUAAUUACACUUUCUUUGUGUAUACUAACUCUUACUUAUAAUUAAGUUCCACUUCAGUAAAAGCUAGUCAAAUAGGAAUUUUAAAUAAUGGCACUAUAAUUUUGCAAAAUAGUAAUUUAUCAACUUCAUAUUCUGGUUGUUAUAUAAACUAGGGCAAUGCAAGAGGUCCUGAGUUUAUCAAUUACAACUAAAAAUGCUUUGCUAAUGGUGGUUCUAAUUCUGGAUAUGGAGGAAUUGGAUUGAAUGUUAGUAAUUCAUAUCUAGGUGAUUGUAUAUUCCUUACAAACUCGACUAGAUUCAUGUUUGAUUUAUACCCAUACGGUUAUCUAAUAACAAAUCUUUAUUAAGGAUCUGGUGGCAGUUCUGUUAACUUAUUAGAAAUAGUCAAAGAUUUUGGAGAAAAUUAUACCUAGAAUUUCCAAUAUGGAUUUGGUGGGGGUUCAAUAUUUCUGUAUGCGAAUUCGUCUAUCAGUAUGGAAUAAUCUAUUUUAUCGGCGGAUGGAUCUCCAGGAUAUGUUGAUAAUACAACUAAUAAUAGUAUUGGAGGAGGUGCAGGGGGAUCUAUCAAAAUAUACUCCACCUAGUUAAUUAGUGAUGAAAAUUCUCUAAUUUCAUUGCAGGGAGGAGAUAGUGAUUAAAAUGGUUUAGUAGGUGAAGGUGGAGGAGGAGUAAUCUAAUUUAAGUGUUUGUCUAGUCCAUUGAGUCCUUUUCAAUACUAUGAUUUAAAUUCCUAUUGUUCAAGCAGUAAAUUUCUCGGAACCAUAAAAAAUGGUCCAGGUGUAAGAAACUAGAAGCUGAGUGCAGGUUUAUUUGGGUAACAUGGCAGUUUAGUUGAACCUUUAUGUUCUCCUGGUUUUAGAGUAGAGAAUUUCUCUUGUGUUCCAUGUGAUUAUACUUCAAAGUAACAAUUUUACUCUCUAUGGUGGAGUUCAUAAUGUGUACCCUGUCCAUAUACAUAUGGGAAAUUUUCGUAGAAUAAUACAUUUUGCAAUUAAGCUCAUAUUUGCUAAACUUCAGAUUGCUGCUUCGAAGAUUCCAAAAUUCUUAGAAAUACUGGAAUAUAAUUGGUUGUUUUUAUGAUGUUGAUCAUUAUGGGUUAUAUAUUGAGAAGAUAAUAUAAGAAGAAAGAUUCUACAACUGAAAAAAACUUUAACUUUGAGAAUGCAACUAAAGAAAUCAUUGCUGAUAAGAUAAUCACUGAGAGUUUAUAGGAAACUGAUUAGUUUGUAUUAGGAGAUCUAAUGUAUCAUGCCCAUAGAAUACCAGUAAUAGGCAAUAAUACUUUUCUCAACCCAUGGUUCUUACAUUCUGAACCACCAGUUGAAAUUGACAAGGCAGUUAAUAAAGAAGAGUAUGAAAAGUUUGCUAAGAAUUUUAAUGAACUUGCUUCUUGGAGUAAGACUAAUUACAUUAUUUUAAACAUUUUGGCUAUUUUAUAUUAUCCACUUUAUUGGGGUUGGUAGACUAAAAUAAAGAAGGACAAGUAUAAACUGUUAUCCGCUUUAUUAAACAAAAAUGAAAUACCGAAAUUCUGGAAAUAAUCAUCAGAUCAAACAUAUGGUAGAUUUAAAAUGACUAAAAGUGCAGAUUACUCUCUUUUAUAUAUAGAUAUAUUUAAUUACAAGAAUUGUGAUUUAAAAUAUAUUUAUCUUACUUGCCCCUUCAUUAUUUAUCUAUCUGGUGAAGGUAAUUACUUAAGACCUUUUUAUCUAUGUGAAUCAGAUUAAUUUUUAGUUUCUCUUUUCUUUGCUGUGAAUUAGACUAAAAAUUCUAUUUAAAAUAGAUAAAAUAUAUUGACUAAUCUAGUCUGUAAGGAUGAAAGAGAAGAAAACUCAAAGGAAAUUAGAAGAUUCUUAAAGAAAUUCAACAAAGUAGCCAUGACUUUAGAUUUUGGAGCACUUGACAAGAGUUUCAUAUCAAACUUUUAGAGAUUAUUUGAUUUAUUAGAGAAGUGGAAUAAUUAGUUUUUUCAGAAUCAUAAUGUGAAAUUGCAAUUAUUGGUUGCUUAAUUUCCAUUUGAUUCUCAACAUCAAUCAUCUACAAUCACAUUGAUUGAAAUGAAAUAAGAAACUUAAUUCAAAGAGUUCAUGAGAGAGCUUCACAAUAAUGUUAUCUUUCAAAAACUACAAGAUGUCAAAUUUGGUGUAUUUAUCUUUAAUACAGAAUAAGACCCUGCUGAGGUUGAUUUACAAUUAAAAAAUCAAAAACUUAGUUUUAAUGAUAUUGAGGAUUUUUCUAUUAGGAAUAUUGAAUAUAACUAUGAUGAUGAGGAUGUAAUUGAUGUGGAACUGUUGAGAGAGUAGUUUUUGUCUAAAAGUACUGAAAAGGAUCAUCAAUAGAUGGGACACACAAAACAUUAGUUCAAAUAAAUAACUAAGAAGCAAAGUCAAAGACCCAAUUCCUUCUCAAAAACCUAUUAUCUCAUUAUUAGAAUAUUUGAUUAUAUCAGAUUCCAAUCAUUUUCUCACAAACGAACCUUUUUAGAUAAGUAUACACUCAUCAUCAUGAUUUGUAUAUUGAUCUUAUUAGAUAAUUUCUUAUUAUAGAGCAUUUUAAGUUUAAUCAUAGGCAAGUAUAAUCAAUUGUAUUCUCCUGAUGAAUAUUAAGAGGCAGAUAUUAUGAGUUUGUAAUUAAUUUUAUUCCCUUAUCCACUAACUAUAAUACUAUCGAAUUUAUUUGAAUCAAUCUGGAUACCAAGUUAAUCCUAUGGUAUAUUGAAAUUGUAUUUGAUCUUUAAUGCUAUGGCUACUUUUCAGUAUUUUGUGAGUUUGUUAAUUUUUGUAAGCCAUCCAAAAUCCCAAAUUUGCAUUUAGGAUGCCUUGACUUUUUUGUCAUUUCUAAUAAAAAUCACAUUGAAUCAAUUAAGUGAGAGAUUAAUACCCAUGAGUACCAAAUUAAAUUAAUUGAGCAAUGAAAAAUAAAUAUGA